GUCGAAAUGCAAAGAAAGAAGAUGAAAAGCAACAACGACGCGAACUCGACAGUCGACCAGCCGCUGGUUUUCCUUCUCCAAUCCAGUUCAGUGUUAAAAAUUCGUAGUGAUGCAAUUGGUAAUUGCAAUUUGGUAAAGAAGUUGAUCGGUUGUUGGUUUCGUUUUUCGAGCGCGUGUAAAUUAAUUUUAUUUUUGUCAUUGCUUUAAUUUUUUCUGAGUAUUCAUAUAUUAUUAACAAAUUAUUGUUGUGCGCGAUUGAAACCAGUCUUCUGUGGAGAAGCAGAGAAAUUGUGACAGUUGCAAAAUAAUGUGUAAAGCCACGAAAUCUGUGGAGAAGGUGGUAGCAAUAUUACAACUAUUGCAAUUAUAAAAGCGAUUUAAAGAGAAAAUCUAAGAAAUGGAAUGAAAAGUGUAGUGAAAAUAUACGAAACACAAACAAUGCAGUAUCUAAGAAAUAAUUUGUACCAGUAUUUAUAUUACAUUGUGUGUUAAAACCAAUAAAUUUCUAAAAGGCAUUGAAAAUAUAAUAUUUAUUUAUCUAAUUGAAAUAUGCAUGGAAUGCAGGUAACAGACAUUCUAAGAAGUAUUUUAAUUUUUCUUAUUGUGUAUACAUCGUUGCACUGCGGAAAAUUGGCAAAUGCAACAAAUGAUGUUGAUAAAAAACUUAUUGAGACGGAAUCCUUAACCGACAAUGUGGUAUCCAGUGCCAAUUCAACGCUUACAGAUGGGGCAACAACCAUGACAACAGCAUUACCAGGGAUCCCUCCGCCCCAAGUGAACCUUAAUAAAUGCUGUCGGUACAAUGAACAUAUGGAUAUGAAUAAAACGUGUGUAAUGGGCAAUUCCAAGUUGUGGGUGCCUUUGAUCUAUCGUAUUGUUCAACGAAGGUAUCAUACUCCUCAAGGUGGAAAGCCUAAAUUUAUGACAUUUCAAGAAAAUGUACGCCCAGUCGUAGAUUUGGUCAGUAAUACUUCUAUGGAGGAUGUUUCAAUGAUACAGAACGAUACAGAAGAAAUAAAACGUAGUUGCACCGAGGAAGAAUUAGAACUCUUCUCUGGUGGCGGAAAGUAUUUAAUAUUUUCAAACGGUUCAUUAUUCUUGGGUGAAAGAAAACAAUUUAUCGAACCGCAGCGAUAUUGCGUUGACAGAAAUGUUGCGUUAGUAUGUUUUCCCAAAGAGCAAAAUACUCAACAACGAAUAAAGAUACGGAAAUGUUGCGGGUGGAAUGGAAUUUAUGAUGCUACAAAUGAAACUUGCAUACUUCCCAAUAGUAAUGACAAUGUUAUUACACCUGAAUUGCCUUUAAAUAACAGUUUGUAUGAGACGAUUUACGGAUUUCCCACAUGCCAUAAUAAAGCUGUUCCUUAUGCCAUUGCGGGAGAUUGGAAUGAAAACCAAAUGAAUGACGAGGAUGGAAGUCUAAAAUUGCCGCAUAAAAACAUAUCUACUGGUGAUUACUGUCUAGAACAUUUUCGUGAAAAAGGUGUAAUUGUUACAGUUAAAAUAUUCACAUGUCUUCAUCACUUUUCUACCGAAGCACCUGCAAAUGCAAUAGCGGCUGUCCGUAGUACUACAAGUAAUAUGGUGCAAGUAGCCGCGCUCAACAUUGGCAUUGUUAUUUCAGUUGUUUUUCUUGCUGCUACAUUGAUAGCUGGUUAUAUGAUGCCCUCUGUUCAUCAUAUGCUUCAUUGGCGUUGUCAGAUUUACUACGUUUUUUGCUUGUUUAUUGGAGACUUAAUACUCGCCUACACACAAUUAUCCGACUCGCUUGAACAUGGAUCAUUCACCUGUCUCUUACUUGCUAGCACUAUGCAUUUCUUCUUUCUAUCGGCUUUCUUUUGGCUAAACACUAUGUGUUUUAAUAUAUGGUGGACCUUUCGCGACUUUCGACCAAGUUCUCUCGAACGUAAUCAGGAACUAUUACGUUUACGACUAUAUUCGGCAUACGCUUGGGGUGUGCCAUUAUUAAUAAGCGCAAUUGCUUUUACAGUAGAUCAUUUGCCAGAGACACAGUUAUUACGACCUGGUUUUGGAGAACGUAGUUGUUGGUUUAGCGGAGAACAUUUAUCCAUAUUUGCAUACUUCUUCGGACCAAUUGGACUUUUACUGUGUGCCAAUAUUGUACUUUUCAUAUCAACAACUCAUCAAUUAACAUGUGGUUUAUGGAAGCGAGAUGAUGUCAAAUCGACAACGGAGAAAACUGCAUUGGGGAAAGUGUGUUUAAAACUAGUCGUGGUAAUGGGUGUUACCUGGAUUGCCGACGUAAUAUCGUGGGUGGUUGGAGGACCCCAUUCAUAUUGGUUUUUUACCGACAUGAUAAACGCUCUGCAAGGUGUAUUCAUAUUCAUUGUAGUAGGUUGUCAACCACAAGUUUGGGCUGCUUGUAAGCGUUUUUGUUGUCCCCGUUCACGACAAGAGAUUACAAAUACGACGAAUGGCGUACAACAUUCAAGUUCUUCACAAGGACUACCAUCGGUUGGAGGAUAUGCUGGGGGUGAAGUUACGCAGAACACAUCAGUAAAUACCACGUCUAUAGGAAGUGGACCACAGACGCAAACAAAAAUACCAAUGGAAACAGUAUGUUAAGUAUUUCUUCAACGAAAGCACAAUUUCAUUUCACAGACGUCGGCAGUUUAUUCACACCGAUAUAUGCACAACAUACCAUAGCAGCUGGACUACGGUGAGCGCGUCGAAUGCCGGAGAUCAGAUCACUGCCAAGCAGUGAUUCCACAACAAUUACAAUAACAACAACAGCAACAACAAUGACUAAAGUAAUUACUACAAUAACAACAAUAGUAUUAAC